AUCAGACAGCUCCUCCAGAGUGAGAAAGGAGUAGCUACACCGCAGACGAAGGCAAACGAUUGGAAACGCAACCUUGGCGAGUUUUGAGCGGGGAAUACGCUGACAAUCUGGGGGUUUAGUAACAAGGGGAGUCCGCAAUGACUUGGGGAACGGAGCUUUGGGACCAGUUUGAAAACCUUGACAAGCACACUCAAUGGGGGAUCGACUUCCUAGAGAGGUAUUCAAAGUUUGUCAAGGAAAGGCUGGAGAUCGAACAGACAUAUGCAAAACAGUUGAGGAACCUGGUGAAGAAGUACUGUCCCAAGCGCUCCAAAGACGAUGAACCUAGGUUCUCGUCGUGCGUGUCGUUCUACUCCAUCCUGAACGAGCUGAAUGACUAUGCGGGGCAGAGGGAGGUGGUGGCCGAGGAGAUGGGACACAAGGUGUAUGGGGAACUGAUGAGGUAUUCACAGGACCUCAAGUCAGAGAGGAAACAGCACCUCCAGGAGGGCAGGAAGGCCCAGCAGUAUCUGGACCAGUGUUGGAAACAGAUGGACAAUAGCAAAAAGAAGUUUGAGCGGGAGUGCAAGGAGGCAGAGAAAUCACAGAUGAACUACGACCGGUUAGACAACGACAUCAACGCCACCAAGUCAGAGGUAGAAAAAGCAAAGUCCCAGUUGUACCUGCGCACACACUCUGCAGACGAGAGUAAGAAUGAGUACGCUGCUCAGCUGCAGAACUUUAACGGGGAGCAGUGGAAACAUUUCAACGUGGCCAUUCCACAGAUAUUCAAGAACCUGCAGGACAUGGACGAGAGGCGGACAGUGAAGCUGGGAGAGACGUACCGGAGCUUUGCCGACGUGGAGCGCAGAGUCGUCCCCAUCAUCGCCAAGUGUCUGGAGGGCAUGGUGACUGCUGCCAAGGCUGUGGACCAACGCAAGGACUCAGCGAUUGUAGUGGAGUCGUUUAAGUCAGGCUUUGAGCCUCCGGGGGACUACCCAUUUGAGGACUACAGUCAGAACCUCUCCCGGACGGGCUCAGACAACACCAUCAGCACCCCCAAGAACGAGGUGGGGGUCAAGCCAGACCCCAAACACUCCAUCAGCAAGACGGCCAAGAACAAACUGUGGCUCUUUGGGAAAAAGCCCAAGGCUCCAUCACUGGAGGACUUCAGCCAUCUGCCUCCAGAACAGAGACGCAAGAGGCUCCAGGCUAGGAUAGACGAGCUCAGCAAAGAACUACAGAAAGAAGUGGACCAAAGAGAUGCACUGAACAAGAUGAAGGAUGUCUAUGAGAAGAACCCUCAGAUGGGCGACCCCCAGAGUCUCCAGCCCAAGAUCUCAGAGACCAUGUGCAACAUGGAGAAACUGCGCUCCGAGAUCCACAAGAAUGAGAGCUGGCUGUCAGAGGUGGAGGGGAAAGUGAGCACCAGAGGAGACCGAAGACCCAGUUCUGAUGUCAACCAUCACGCCCCCCAUGGCAGAGAGAGCCCUGAGGGCAGUUACACAGACGUCCCCAACCAGGAGCACCGCAGCCCCCCUCACCAGCCAGACCCCCGACAGGCCCACCAGCCAGACGAGUUUGAUGAUGAGUUUGACGAUGACGACCCGCUCCCAGUCAUUGGCCACUGCAAAGCACUCUACUCCUUUGACGGUCAGAACGAGGGUACGCUGUUGAUGAAGGAGAACGAGGUGCUGUACAUCAUCGAGGAGGACAAGGGUGACGGCUGGACGCGAGCCAGGAAGCAGAGCGGAGAGGAGGGCUACGUGCCCACAUCCUACGUGGAGAUCACCAUGGAGAAGAACAGCAAAGGUGCAGUCACCUACAUCUGAUCUGACCACCUGCAUGGACUCCUCCUAUAUCAUAUCCCCUCUUCCUCCUCUGGGGAGUGCUGGUCAGAACAGCAGCCCCUCCUCUUUGUUCACUGUGUGAGCUCACGACAAACAAACACACCAGACAUCCUGGUAUUGUAGUGACCUCCCUGUACAGGAGCUCUGUAUCAAUUAAUUAAGCCAUGUGUGUCUGUAGGAGGAUGUAUCCAUAGCCACGCUCUAUGGCAAGGGGACUCCUCUCCCCUAAGGGCAGAUUAUUUUAUUUAAUAUUUCAGAAGUGACUUGUUUUUAGUUCAUGUGUCUUUUGUUUUUAGAAGGAGAUGUUAUAAUGCUCUACUGGUUUUAAGAUGCCACUGGGGACUCUUACUGAUUUUACCCAUUUGUAUUGUCUAUAUAUUAUCAGCCAUCUGUUGGGAGUCUCCUAUGUUAAGUGCUCUGCUCCACCUAUUAAGACAGGAAUGCAGCUAAACAGUCCUGGUAAGGACUGGCCUGUUCUGUGCCUGUAUGACUCAUACCUCCCACUAUGAUACUAUGCUUUAAGAUAAUUGUACACUCCUUCUCUCUUUGUGUGUGUGUGUCACAACAGUGGCACCCUCUGGUGGUCAGGGCUAUAUUACACCCAGAGGAGUAGUUCUACUGUCUUCUCUCUCUCUGUCCUAGUGGUGUGGGUGGUGGUGGGUGUCAGUGCUCUGUAGCCGGGUCAGUACAGUAACUUCUCUCUCUCUCCUGUUGGACUGCAGAUUCCUGAGUGGAGCAGUGUGGCGAGGUCUUUGGUGGAGGGUACAUGCAGUUGCUGAGUGGUGGAGCUAGUGGCAGACAGGGCUUGUCUUGGGCGGGCAGAGCAGGGGAGAGGAAGGGCUUGGCAGGUGUAGAGGCAGGUUGCAUGUUUGCAUGCACACAUCCAUGGCCAUUAACAUCAUUCCAUAGCAGCAGAUAAUCCUGAGGUAGUAGCUAUGCCUCUAUAGGAGGGGAGUGUUCUUCCUAAACUGUGUCCGUCUAACCACAGCACAGAGUAACCAUCCAACUGAAACAUAACAGUAAGAAUCAGGGACCGGGGAGGGGUCUUAGAGCUAGCAGCUUACACCAUCAUCAUUUAUAAUGAGAGAAAAGCAAGUAAUGCACUACUACACUACUCCUACACUACUACUCACCUCUGUUGUAUUUCCGCUCCGCAGACAACGCCCAGCACUAACAGCCUGUCUUGUUGUUGCGUUCUCAUUCCAUUGUUGGGAAUGCCUGCCUGACUGUGCCACUCUCCUGUGGUCGCCCUACCUUAACACGCUUCAGCAUGUCUGUAACAUGAACUGUCAUUCCUUCAUAUAGGACUGGCCAUGAUGAAUGCAGCGUCUUGGAUGUAACUCUGUGGUCGCUCCCGCCGCCCAUUCAUUCACUUCUAAUCUUCCUGUAUGUCUUCUUCAUUCAUCAACGUUUAGUUUUUUUGUGUGUGUCUUGUUUUUGUUCUGUGUUGAUCGAAACGAUCCUAUCAUGCUGUUGCGUGUUGAAUGUCAUCUCUGUCAUGCUGUUGUUCAGUAACUCGUGGCGCCGCAUUGUCAGUCACUCAGGUCAGUGUAGGAGUAGGACUACUCUAGUCACAGACAGGCGGCCUGCCCAUCACGGUACCGCUUCAUCCCCUCCUCCUGCUCCUCCCUGCACCAGCACCAGACAAGAGGAAGGCUGGAGGGGUGGUGCAGUGACAUCAGCGCACCAGCAGAGGGCCCUCCUCCCUCACCAGUCAGUCACCACACAGGAGCUCAGGCUCAGGCCAGGAAACCUGGAGGCUGAGCUAACACAAACUACAAAGGCCAUCCAACAACAACAACACUCCAUGCAGUCUUUUCCUUAACGCUAACUGAGAGUGAGGAUGGACCCGCUGAGUGCUCUUCUAUCACUCUGUGCGGCACACAAGGGCUCCAACCGACUAGGUCUACGCUGGCUUGCUGUGGUGCUCCUCUGGGCUUGACCGCCACGUCUCUUCUCCUCUGUCUCCCUGGAGCAUCCUGGGGCCUCGGUGUGCUGCGAUCUCCACGAGAAUGAGUGUUGCAUUACCAUAACAUUCUUCUUUCAAGCGCAUAUUAUAUUUCUGAUUGUGAUUAUACAUAUAAACAUGUGUAUGCAUAUUCAUACAGUUGAAGUCGGAAGUUUACAUACACCUUAGCCAAAUACAGUUGAAGUCGGAAGUUUACAUACACUUAGG